GCGAGGCUGCCGCCGGGGAGGGAGGCGGAUCUCAGAGCCUUAAUAUUUACUGUAUGGCUCGUGAAGAUCAUUGACUGACCUUGUGCACUCAAAGUUUUAGGAGCAAAGCUGUGUGUUUAAAAUGGAAGCUGAUGUGAAUGGAGAGUCCAGAACUGCCCUCUCCACCCUCUCUGUGCCUCUUGCAGAGGUGAGUUCUGCAGCCAGGAUGGAAGGAAAGCCACGCUGUUCCAGCACCCCCUGCUCACCAUUGAGGCAGACAGUUGCAGGAUACCAGAUCCUUCGCAUGGAUUCUAACUACCUGGUUGGCUUCACAACUGGAGAGGAGCUGAUAAAAUUAGCCCGUAAGUGUAUUGGGAGUGAAGAGAAUAAAGGAGAAUGUGGUCCUAACCUGGGGUCCAAACAUCUUGAUUCAGGACUUUCACGUUCCUCACGUUUGUACAAAACUAGAAGUAGGUACUACCAGCCAUAUGAGAUCCCAGCAGUAACUGGAAGGAGGAGGAGACAGAUGCCCAGCUCAGGGGAUAAAUACAAUAAAGCUUUACAAUAUGAACCUUACAAGGCAUUUCAUGGUCCCCUGCCUCUUUUCCUUUUGAAAGGUAAAAGGGCUCAUUCAAAAUCCCUAGACUACCUCAAUUUAGACAAAAUGAACAUUAAGGAACCUGCUGACACUGAAGUGCUACAAUACCAGCUCCAACACCUUACUCUUAGAGGGGAUCAUAUGUUUUCAAGGAACAGCACAUGAGCUACCAUCUCAAAUUUAGAAAUGGUUUCUGAUCUUUUGUCUGUUGCUGCAGAAAUCCACUGUUGUGCUGUGUACAUGGUUGUCCACACUGUAGGUAGUUUUAUCAUCUCAAAUGUUACCAGGAAGUAAUUUAUUUGAAUACAGUCUUGGCAAUGCAGUGUUCUACAAAUGCUUGGAGAGAGAAAUCUUUUCUGAUCAAGCAGCUUCUGAUGCAGAUUUGACUGCAACUAGUGGAUAUUUCUUUGGACGCAU